AUGGCCUCGCCGCCUAAGCCUUGGGAGAGGCCCGGCGCAACUGCGGCCACCUCCGCUCCUAUUCCUUCUACCACGGCUGCAGUUCCAGCAGUAUCGACCACAACUGCCGCUUCUCCAGCGUCUUCCACCGCUCCUCCUGUCCCCGACCGUCCUACUUCUCUCACCUCCACCGUUAAUCAGAAUGCCUCUGCCUACAGCCGCGCAGGUGCCAUGGGCAUGGGCGCCUCACCUUAUAGUGCCUACGGCAGCGCAUAUUCAUCACCGUACUCAAGUCCAUAUUCACGGUUUGGCGGCAUGGGGGGAAUGGGCGGCUAUGGUGGUGGUAUGUACGGCGGCUAUGGAGGCUACGGCGGAGGCAUGUACGGCGGCAUGUAUGGGGGCGGCAUGGGAGGCAUGAAUCCCAACGACCCCAACAGCUUGACCACCCGGUUUAGCAAUGGCACGGCGGCUACUUUUCAGAUGCUGGAGGGUAUAGUAACUGCCUUUGGUGGAUUCGCCCAAAUGCUUGAGAGCACAUACAUGGCGACACACUCGAGCUUUUUCGCCAUGGUAUCAGUCGCCGAGCAAUUCGGCAACCUACGCGACGCACUAGGCUCCAUCCUAGGCAUCUUCACACUCAUGCGCUGGAUCCGCACACUCAUCGCCAAAAUCACCGGCCGCCCUCCUCCAGCAGACGCAACCGCCCUCACACCCGCAGCAUUUGCUCGCUUCGAAGGCCGUCCCGGCCCCGAUGGUGCCCCCGGUCCCGCCAAGGCUUCUCGAAAGCCUCUCUUCUUCUUCCUCGCCGCGGCCUUUGGUCUCCCCUACCUCAUGUCCAAGAUGAUCCGCACCCUCGCCGCCUCACAAGAAGAAGAGGAGCGCCGUCUCCAACAACAAGCCCUCGAGGCACAGCAGCCCGUCGACCCGUCCAAGCUCGAAUUCUGCCGCCUCAUGUACGACUACCUCCCCCAGGGCAACAACUCCUCCAUGGAACUGGAAGCCCGAAAAGGCGAUCUAGUUGCCGUUCUCACCAAGAACGACCCCGUCGGUAAUCCUAGUGAAUGGUGGCAGUGCCGUGCCCGUGAUGGCCGCCAGGGCUACUUGCCCUCUACAUAUCUGGAGGUGUUGAAGCGUCCUGGCCAGGAGGUCAAGAAGCUCAAGGCCGCGCCUAGUGAUUCCAGCAGAGCGAACUCACUGACAAGUUCAUCCGAGGCUUUGCAAGAGGGGAAAAAGGAGUACGCCACUGCUGAUGGCAUGCAACGGAGCCAUUUUUACUCGUGA